CCCAGCUCCCCAGCCUGCCAGUCCUCUGUUCACCAACACCAGAACCACCGUCAGCUGGGCAGGACGGGACCAGCAAAGUGGCUGCUGUGUACGCCAUGGAAAUUAAUGUGGAGAAAGACAAACAAACAGGAGAGACCAAGAUUCUCUCUGCGUCCACCAUUGGCCCAGAGGGGGUCCAUCAGAGAGGAGUCAAGGUCUAUGAUGACGGUACCAAAGUAGUCUAUGAGGUGCACUCAGGAGGCACCGUAGUAGAAAACGGAGUGCACAAAUUAAGCGCAAAGGAUGUAGAAGAGCUUAUUCAGAAGGCUGGACAAUCAAAUUUCAGGGGCGGGCCUGUGUCCGAGAGGACUGUGAUUGCAGAUGGGAGCCUGGGCCACCCUAAGGAACACAUGCUCUGCAAAGAAGCCAAGUUAGAAGUGGUCCAUAAGUCUAGGAAAGAGCGUGCUUCUGGGGAUGCGGAGCAGCAGGCCCGCGCCCCCAGGGCCGGAGGGCCGGAGGCAAACUCGGAUCAGCCAGUCACCAUGAUCUUUAUGGGCUACCAGAACAUUGAGGACGAAGAGCAGACCAAAAAGGUGCUAGGCUACGAUGAAACCAUCAAGGCCGAGUUGGUCCUCAUCGACGAAGAUGAUGAGAAGUCAUUGAGGGAGAAGACGGUGACGGACGUGUCCACCAUUGAUGGCAAUGCAGCCGAGCUUGUCUCCGGAAGGCCGGUGUCAGACACCACCGAGCCCUCAUCCCCAGAAGGGAAGGAAGAGAGCCUGGCCACAGAGCCAGCCCCAGUUUCCCCCGGUGUCGGGUGGGAGAGUGUGCUGCUAACCAGAGAUGAAACGCCCUUGAAUGUCACAGAAACAUCCAGCUCAGACAUGACGAUCCAGAAGUCUCCCCCGCUUUCGGAGGAUGCCCUCCGGCUGAAACACAAGAGAGACAACUGCAGUGCCAGCCUUCUGGACUCUGCGACCACCUCCCUUGCCUCAGAUCCCCCAAAGAUGGAAAUUGAGGUCUCUGUUGCAGAAUGUCAGAGUGCUCCCGGCAUCAGUCUGACCUCACAUUCCACGGACCACGCCUCCCCUUUCUACUCACCCCCCCACAAUGGCCUCCUCGCUGACCACCACGAGUCCCUGAUUAACGACGUGGCCAGAGAGAUCCAAUAUCUAGACGAGGUGCUGGAGGCCAACUGCUGUGACUCUGCUCUGGAGGGGACGUACAACGGGACAGCCUCCCCGGAGCCUGGCACAGCCAUCCUGGUGGGCAGCCCGAGCCCACCUGCCCUCUCAGCCGCCCAACCCGAGCCCACCGAGAGAGCAGCCAGCAGGCAGGACCCCCCUUACAUUUCUCUCAGUCAAAUCAACUCCGACACCAUGGCCGAGGGCGAAAGAGCAAACGGCCACCCUGCGGAGCAGCCGCGGGAUGCAUUGGGAGACAGCCUGCAGGUCCCAGUGAGCCCCAGCUCCUCGACCAGCUCCUGGGGCUCCUCCCGCGACGGGGAGUUCACGCUCACCACACUGAAGAAGGAGGCCAAGUUUGAGUUGCGGGCCUUCCACGAGGACAAGAAGCCCGCUAAGCUGUUUGAGGACGAUGCGAAGGAGAGCGAGCGGUACUGCGUCCGCAAAGUGAGGCCUUCGGAGGAGAUGCUGGAGCUGGAGAAGGAACGGAGGGAGCUCAUCCGGAGCCAGGCGAUGAAAAAGAACCCCGGCAUCGCGGCCAAGUGGUGGAAUCCCCCCCAGGAAAAGACCCUGGAGGAACAGCUGGACCAGGAGCAUCUGGAGUCGCACAGAAGGUACAAGGAGCGCAAGGAGAGACGGGCGCAGCAGGAGCAGUUCCUGCAGCAGCAACAGCAGCAGCCGCAGCCGCUGCAGCAGCCCCCACCGCAGCUCUGCACAGCCCCGGUCCCCUCUCGUGAAGGUCCCAGCGUGAUGGAAAACGCAAAGGAGGACGUCGUCACAGAGCAGAUAGAUUUCUCUGCUGCCCGGAAGCAGUUUCAGCUGAUGGAGAAUUCCAGGCACACGGUGGCCAAGGGCCAGAGUACACCCAGGCUGUUCUCCAUCAAACCCUUCUAUAAGCCCCUGGGCUCCAUCAAUUCGGACAGGCCAGCGACCCUCUCGAGGCCGCCUUCUGUCGGGGGAACUCCAGAAGACAGUGCUGCAGCCACAGCCAAGGGGCAGAAAGCCUGUGCCCUUGAGAGCCAGCCCGCGGGAGGAGGGCAGGGCGGCGUGGCAUCUCAGGGAAAGGAAGGAUCCUACAGCGAGCCCUCUAAACGUGGGCCCUUAUCUAAACUGUGGGCCGAAGACCGAGAGUUCACGAGUGCCCGGGCAGUGCUCACUGCCGUCAAGGAUGAUGACCCUGGGAUUUUGGAUCCGUUCUCCAAAUCCGUCAACCUCUCUUUGACCCCCGAGGAGCUUGACUCCGGUCUGGAGGAAUUGUCCGUGAGGUCCCAGGAUACCACCGUCCUGGAGACCCUGUCCAAUGAUUUCAGCAUGGACAACAUCAGCGACAGUGGAGCCUCCAACGAGACCGCCAACGCUCUCCAGGAAAAUUCGCUGGCUGAUUUUUCUCUGCCCCAGACGCCACAAACUGACAAUCCUUCCGAGGGCCGAGAAGGGGUCUCCAAGUCACUUAGCGACCAUGGUUUCUAUUCUCCUUCUUCCGCUCUGGGGGAUGCUCCAUCAGUCGAUGACCCCUUGGAAUAUCAGGCCGGCCUCCUGGUACAGAAUGCCAUUCAACAAGCCAUUGCCGAGCAAGUGGAUAGAGCCGGCAAAUCCAACAAGGAUGGAGCGGAACGGCAGGGAUCUGAAGCGACCCUAGAGGAAGUUGAGGCUGGGCCUCCCAGCUCAGGGAAGUCUCAGAGCAUGUUUGAGCCACCUCAGGUGUCUUCUCCUGUUCAAGAGAAAAGGGAUGUAUUACCAAAGAUUCUGCCUGCUGAAGACAGAGUGCUCAGGGAACGGGGGCCCUCCCAGCCCCUGCCGGCGGUGCAGCCCAGCGGCCCAGUAAGCCUGGAGGAGACCAGGCCCGAAGGGGGCUACUUUAGCAAAUACUCAGAGGCAGCUGAGCUGAGAAGCACAGCCUCCCUCCUGGCCACUCAAGAAUCAGAUGUGAUGGUCGGGCCCUUCAAGCUGAGGUCGAGGAAGCAGCGGACUUUGUCCAUGAUCGAAGAAGAGAUCCGAGCAGCCCAGGAAAGGGAGGAGGAGCUCAAGAGGCAGAGACAAGUCGCGCAGAGCACGCAGAGCCCCAGGACCAAGAACGCGCCCUCACUGCCCUCCAGAACCGCAUGCUACAAAACAGCCCCAGGGAAAAUAGAGAAAGUCAAACCUCCUCCAUCCCCUCCCGCCGAAGGUCCCAGCUCGCAGCCUGACUUAGCCCCCGAAGAGGCUGCCGGAUCUCAGCGGCCCAAGAAUCUGAUGCAGACCCUCAUGGAAGACUAUGAGACACACAAAUCUAAAAGGCGCGAGAGAAUGGAUGAUAGUAGUGUCCUUGAGGCCACGCGGGUGAAUCGAAGGAAGAGUGCCCUGGCCCUGCGCUGGGAGGCAGGAAUCUAUGCCAACCAGGAGGAAGAGGACAACGAAUAAACUUCCUUCACCCCGGGAAGCUUCUUUGGUGCUUGGGAUGCCAAGAAACCAAGAAAUGAAUCGAUCGAUGCAUUUUAAUGGAGUUUAUUAAAGUGCACCCAAACUCAGCAAUCCUUAUGUAGACCAGAAGCUGUAAUAUACAAGUGAGGAAAAAUGCGUAAAGGGAAAGGGAGGCCCACCCAUCACAUUCUGACACCCAGGAGUCAAAAGAGAAAGGACCCCAUUUUCCUUGUGUGAGUCAAAGAACUGUGGAUGUGGGCCAGUGCACAGCUGGUCAAAAAGGACGAAGACGUUACGGGCACAUCAACAGGGUCACUACAUGUAGAACCGAGACCAGCCUCACUGGGCGAUGAGGAAGAACGGGUGUGGUAGGGGCUGCCAUUUGGGGAGCAGUAGGACCCAGGCCAGGUGGUCUAGCGGAUGUAGGGUAUUCUUUGCCCCUGCUGCCCACCCACCACAUGCAGCACCCUAAGUGUGGGGUUCAUUCCAUUCAGCCCAACAGCCAUAAAGUGAAUGAUGUUUCUUUCCAUCUGUGCCCAGAAGAGAGGCAGUUAUGAUUCCAUUUCUCUUACACUUGUCUUUAAUUGCGAGCAAUUAUUGAUUGCAAUACAUAAAAUCCAUAUUCUUAAGACAAUA